AUAGUCGAACAUUCCAUACUUCUCCAUCAGUUGUGACGUUUUGUGUUGCCUAGCUGCGUUUAGAACAACAAAGUUCCACUGUUCCACUGAGUUUUAGUCACUGAUCACAGAGUCGUGACGACUACACGCGCAUAAUGUGGGAUUUUAUUCUUACACUAUCGAGCUGUUUUUGCUCCUGCAGCUCCAAAAACAAGGUGUCCCCUGUGGAGGAUGGAGAUGAGGAAGAACCAGCACCGGGAGAGGAGGAGAUGGUCCGCGGGACCACUGAAUGCCCCGUCACCCAACCUCCAAUGUCCCUCCCGAGACCAAGCAAGUCGUCGGCCGACGUCAUUGCUGAACUCCGUAAAGACGGCCUGUUGCCCCUCAACACCCGGGGCGAGUCCGUCGCUUUCCAGGUGCCGCUAGUGAAAACCGCCUUCGAGCCCGAUGCGCCCCCUCGCCGACCAGUUAAGCUUGCGAAACUGGAAGAAACUCUCCAGGAGAGGCGCGAACGGGUCAAGAAGGAGCCCGCGGGAUCACGCACUCAGCUGAGAAAGCAACUCGGCGAUGCCGCCAAGAGACGAGAGGUAUAA